AUGCUGGAUCAGCAACGACACGACCUGAUUCACGGGCUGGACCUUGGAGCAGAGAGGCUGGGACUCGAUUUUCUUCUAGGGCCGUCUCAGAGAGUGGCGCGGAUACAGAAUGGCACCAAUGGUGCUCAGGACUCCCCUGGCUUCAAUCGAACAUGGGCUGGCGCUGGCCAGGUAAUGGGCUCUGGGUUUAACCAGGGCUCGGGAAUGCCUCGCCUGGAUUUUGCAACUGACGCUCUGACGCCUACAAGCGACAACCUAGCGGGCUACUCUGCUCCGAUCAAGAACUGCCCUCCAACUUGUCCCCUGGACAGCCUCCUGCUCGACUUCCUCCAAGAACGCAGACAACGGGCAGCGGAGGGUCUAUCACCACAAGAUAUCAUCGGACCAAAGUACCCUAGUGUCUCCUCAUUGCUCAACCCAAUGAGCAGCCGCUUCUCGCACCCGCUGUCGAAGGUCUUCACCGACAUCCUCCAGACCUUCCCGGACCUCUCACGACUACCAGAGCGCGUGGCAGUCCUCUACAUCAUGUUUCUUAUAAUGAGAUGGCAGAUCUCUCCCACGCAGGAGAACUACGACCGCCUCCCGGAGUGGAUGACUCCGCGGCCCUCGCAGCUCUUCACGCCGCACCCGGCAUGGAUCGACCACCUGCCCUUCCCGCGCAUGCGCGAGAAGCUGGUACGCGACUAUGGCCCCGCGGAGUUCCCCUUUGAGAACUUCUUCAUCCCCUUUACCACGACGCUGAGCCUCAACUGGCCGUACGAGGACACCGACACUCUGCUGCAGAGCCCCGACUCCGACGAGCUGCUGAUCAACCCCGUGUUCGAGCGCCACUUGCGCCGGCUCGAGAACUGGACGCUCGGGGAUGCGUUCGCCAAGGCCUUCCCCGGCCUGGCUGACACGUAUGGCUUGAAGAGCGAAGGCCAGGAACGGCGGCGCUGA